GAGAGAGAGAGAAGUGAGUAGUGAGCAACAAUGGAGACGAAGGGGGUGUUGCCAUGCAAUAACAACAAGACCAAAGCUAAUAAGAUGAAGCGCAAAGAGAUACUUGAGAAGAAGAAGGCCAUGGAUGAACUCAUCAAGGUAGCUUCUGCCGAGAAAGACCAUCUUUCCUCCUUUCAUGCCUUUCGCCAUUACCAAAAAAACGGCUUGUCUGCAUGUUUGGAGUCAGGAACAGGGGACCAGCUAUCAUCUUCUCUUAAGUACUACAUUCAAAAUCUCCUUAAGGCUAAUAUGGAGGGUCCGUAUGGAACCGAGUGGCCGGUCGAAGAGAAGGUGAAGCGCAGGGAGAUGGUUGCAUCAGAAGCCCGUUAUAUAUUUGUUUACGAGGCUUUGGAUGCAAAUGCAAAUGAAUUGUUGACAGUGUCUGGGAAGGAGAGGACUUCGGGUAUCUGUAUGGAGGAGAGGGGAUCCUUGCUUGGGUUUGUACAUUUUCGCUUUGUCAUAGAGGAAGAUUUGCCUGUGCUCUAUGUGUAUGAGUUACAACUUGAGUCUCAUGUGCAAGGGAAAGGUCUUGGGAAGUUUCUAAUGCAACUAAUUGAGUUAAUUGCUCGCAAGAAUCACAUGACUGCUGUUGUUCUGACUGUUCAAAAAGCAAACUUGGUAGCAAUGAAUUUCUAUACAAGUAAGAUGAGAUAUGUUAUCUCAUCUAUAUCACCAUCCAAAGUUGAUCCAUGGUUAGGAACUCAGAAGAGUUAUGAAAUUCUUUGCAAAUCUUUCAGCAAUGACGCUAAAGCUAUCUUGGAGGGUCCAUGACAUUGUGAGAAGAGACAGAGAUGAGGACUCCCAUUCCAGUCUAAAUGGUAUUAGCCGAACUCCAAGUCAAUCAGGUUAACCUUCUUGUGUCUUUUAGAUUCAAAGUUGCAUCUUUUCAUUUGACAUACGUAACUAUACCUUUGCAUCUAUGUAUGCACAUAGAUGCUGCACACGAAGAUUCCAGAUCGAUCGGGGAUUGGUAAAGCAAAUCUGAUUCAGCAUAUGGAGCGAUUGUUUCUCUCUAUGCUUUUAGUGAGGAAAAUAUUAGCACAUUGUCUGCUUAACAG